UCAAACGGGAUUGCUGAGCUUGACAGUGAGGGAAGCACUGGUCAGGAGGGAGGGCACUGCCACUGCCGGUCCUUGUGAAGUCAGUGAAGUGUCCAGCGGCGUCCGAACGGAACCACCACUUUGGACGCAUCUCUUUGCAAGAUGAAGUUGCUGAAGCCGGCAUGGGUCACCCACGAGGGGCGUCCCAUCUUCUCUGUGGACAUUCAUCCAGAUGGGUCUCGUUUUGCAACAGGAGGACAAGGUGAUGAUUGCGGUCGUGUUGUUAUCUGGAAUAUGGCCCCAGUCCUUUCAGCAGAGGUUGAGAAAGACGAAAACGUUCCAAAACUUUUGUGCCAAAUGGACAACCACUUGGCCUGUGUUAAUUGUGUCCGGUGGAGCGUUUCUGGCCGGUAUCUUGCCUCUUGUGGAGACGAUAAAACGAUACUGAUCUGGCAGCAUUCUGGUUCUGGCGGCACGGUAUUUGGAGGAAUCUCUACCGCUGAGUCAUGGCGGUGUGUCGCCACCCUCAGAUCCCACUCAGGGGAUGUAUUAGACUUGGCUUGGGCCCCGCACGACGCAUGGCUUGCUUCUUGUAGCGUUGACAAUUCUGUCAUAAUUUGGAACGCGCUCAAUUUCCCUGAGGUUGUGACAGUUUUAAGGGCACACAGUGGCUUGGUAAAAGGAGUUGUUUGGGACCCCAUUGGAAAGUUUCUCGCAUCUCAGUCAGAUGAUAAGACACUUAAAAUAUGGCGGACAAACGACUGGAAGCAGGAAACGUCCAUUACAGAGCCUUUUAAAGAGUGUGGAGGAACAACGCAUGUUCUUCGCAUGGGCUGGAGUCCUGACGGGCAAUACCUGGUGUCUGCCCAUGCAAUGAAUGGUGGCGGUCCAACAGCACAAAUCAUUGAGCGAGAAGGUUGGGUCACUGACAAAGAUUUUGUCGGACACCGGAAAGCCAUAACUUCUGUUAGGUUCAACAACAACAUCAUGCUCAAGUCACUGCCGCACUCCAACAAGCCCCAGCAAUAUUGUUGCUGCGCUAUUGGCUCCCGAGACCGGUCUAUUUCAGUCUGGUUGACGGCCCUGAAAAGACCAUUGGUUAUCAUAAAAGACCUUUUCAAUGAUUCUGUUCUUGACCUGACCUGGUGCACCAGUGGCCACAUUCUCAUGGCUUGUUCCUGGGACGGGACUGUGGCGUGCGUCGAAUUUGAGGAAACAGAAAUUGGAAAAGCCCUCAGCGCGAGUGAAAAAAAAGCACUUCAUGAGCGGAUAUAUGGAAAGUCUUUAACAGUGCCAAACUCGCUUACUUCAAAUACAAUAGUUGAGACUCCAGAACUUCUGGCAGUAAGAGAAGCGCAGAGAAAACAACUAAAUUCAACACCUACCAAAGUUAACUCUGUAAGCAAGCCCAACUUAACUGCUACUACAAUGCGAGGUCCGAGUAAGCAAAUUGAAACUCGAACGUCUGACGGGAAAAGAAGAAUCACUCCAAUGUUCAUCCCAACUGUUGUUGAUAAUGGGGAAGCGCCACAGCCCUUCAGUUCAUCUACACAGCCAACGUUUAGCAGUUCAACAGAGACAAAGAGCAAAAUAGUCAUCGAGAAAAGAGAGGACAUAAUCGCACCUAACGUGAGCAAGCCGGCCAAUCCAAAACCUCAGUCGCAAGAACUUAUAAGCAGCUCAAUGGAAGUCGACAAAUCGCCACCCAAUGUUACUGCACCGAAGAGUAGCGUGACUCCCGAAAAAGUCAAUGGUGUGGCUGCUGAGAGUUUGGACCAGCCAGCUCCCCUGACUUCUAAAAUCGACAAAUCAAAUUUCAGUUCGUCUAGCCAACCAAAGUCAGAGGAACCCCCAAAACACGAGGAAAAGCCCAAGGAUAAAGAAAAAGAGGAAAAGAAAACAGAGGAGAAGGUGGAAAAAGCUCAAGCAAUUCCUGUGCAAGAAAAGGUGCCUGAUGUGAAAACCAAAACAGGCAAAAGGAGGGGCAGGCCUCCUCUUUCAGAAAGGGUGGACCGCCUUGAGAAGACUGAAAAAUCAGUAGCGACUCCCGCGCCUGCCCAACCAGUUCAAACGCCUGCAGUGCAUUCUCCAGCCAAGCAAGUGACUGUUGUGGCUGAAAACGAGCUCAAACUCCCCAUUUUAAGCAUUGAUAAGACUUUAAAUGUUCAGAUUCCUGGGUGUCCAGGAAAAGUUCUCACAGUAGAAAAUGCAGCUUUAGCAAGUCCAUUCGGACCGCUCAACCUUGUAAAGUGUUACUUCAACAACAAAAGCGUUAACACCAAAGGAGGUGAUUGGGAAGCUGUGCUUAGCAGCAAGGCUGUGGCAGCUGGUUGCAACGCUUUCCUCUGUGCCGUUUGCUGCGAAGACUGCACCCUGCAAGUGUUUGAGACCAUGUAUGGCAGGAGACCACUUCCACCGUUGCAGCUGACAAGCAGGCCUUCGAGACUCAUUGUCAGCAGGGGACAUGUGUUUGUGCUGACAGUGAAAGGGAUGUUGAGUGUUUGGGACGUUCCUGCCAGGAAAGCAGUGCUUGUUGAUGAGUCUGUUGCUCACCUGCUGGACAAGAAUGUGUCCGUGGUUGGCUGUCAAGUAUUGGAGAGUGGAAGUCCUGCGCUAACUUUGUCCUCAGGAAAAUUAUACCUUUUCUGCAGUGAACUGAAAAACUGGACACUUCUUGGAGACGGGCGUGACCCAGUUCAGCAAAGCUCAAGUCAUCUUUUAUACGCAACAGCUGUAACGCAGUCUGGAAAUGUUUCCGCCUCGCCUCUUCCACCUCUUACUGCCUUGCAGGCGGCAUGCAAAGGCCAUUUCCGUUCCAAAGUGCCAACUGCUUCUGGUCCAGCCUCAAGCUGCACUCUUACCUUCUUGGAACAGCAAAUGGCAUGCAGCAGAUUGUUGCAGUCACCCAGAGAUUACCACCUCUGGCUAUCAGCUCUUGUUAGAUUUUUGGUCCAUGAAGGAAUGGAGACCCGAUUGCGGUUGAUAUGUGAUGAGCUAUUAGGCCCAGCCCAUUCCCGAGCGGUGUCAAGCAAGUCAUGGGACGACAAAAUUCUUGGAUUGUCAAAACACGACCUUCUACGAGAAACUCUCAUUGUUGUAGCCACCAAUCUGAGCUUGCAGAGGCUAUAUUCAGAGUACAACGAUUUGCUUGAAAGCGCUCUCACAAGCAAGUAAUCUAUCAAUUUUUAUCAGCGGCUACAUUAGUCCAACUUCGUUUUGGAUAAACGAUCACCAUUUAACUGUGUAUCAUUCAUAAAGUCAGUUUUCUAAUUAAUUUAAGAA